UUUCAGCAUGCGACGUGGCAUUUCCGAACUCCUGCCUUUUGCCAAUCCACGUCACUAUACAUCGCAAUUUGCGACGUAACAGAAUAGGUUACAGCAUAUCUUCAGUCAGCUCCGGUCAGGUAUCUGUUAACGAUGAAGUUCUUUUGUGCGGUCGUAAACGAGAUCUUGCCUUUCACGAUGUUAUAACUUUGCUAGAGGCUGGAAUAGUCGACGAUAUGCGCCCAUAUCUGGCUUGGGAGUCCAAUUCGUACAUCCAUUGCCGUUAUUUGGAAGAGAAAAAGAGCUUUUCCAUCGGAAGCGAUCGAAUGUGCGAUGUCUCGCUGCCAACGCCACAUUUAGCUGCUCACCACGCCACAAUUGUAAGAAAUAUUUGCAGAGGAACGAUUCAAUUUUCUGUGAAACCCGCGUUCUCAAGGAGAGCGUAUGUUUUUGUAAAUGAUAUUCCUGUUUCAAAGAGAGGCACAAAAAUUCUUACAAAUGGAGACAUACUAACCGUUUCUAAAGAUCCACGUAGUGUGAAAUUCCGAUUCAACAGCGGAGAUGGCUCCAAGGCACGCACAUCAACUGCCGCUACAGCCAAAUCGACCCCAGUUCAAAACUUGUCGAAAGCUAGCCAAACCCCACCAACCACAUCGAAUCCUGAAGCCAAUGCCGUGCCAACAGCAGUUCAAGAACGACAACAGCUCCUUUCCACGGAAGGCGUGGGAGAAGCAGUAGAAUGGAAUCGAGUAAAUAACUAUGAAUAA